UGUGCUAUCCAAUAGUUAUUUUAUUCUUUGUACCUGUAUUUAUACCGGUCAUAUCUUGUACUAUGGCCCCCACUCACAUCCUGGUGACUCGUGCAGGUCCUUGCUUCGACUCCGUGAAGACUCCUGUGACAGUUGCAGAAAUGAGUUUGUCCACACUAGGGUACGACUCGUUGCUGAGCGGAGAGUUUAAUAUCAGCGAAGAUAUCGAUAAUGGAUGGAAGAUAAAGGCUACAAUGCAGAAGUGCGUGGACAUUCGUAACAUGGAGUCGUGUGACUUCCUGAGGUCCUUCGACCUGGUGAACAGUGGCUGCGCAGAUGAAGAGAGUGAACAGGGAUUGUAUCGAAUGCUGUUCCACUAUGCACGUCCAAAGCUAGACUGCCCCGUACAGGCUGGUCGCUAUAUGCUGGUAGACUUUCCACUCUUCACCGAGGACAACGACCUGGUGGUGCCCGAGUCCAAGAUCUCCACUAGUGUCUUUGGAUACACGUUCAGAUUGGAUGGUUUUAUUGAACGACCGCGUCGGCAGAUAUUCUGUUUAGAAGCACGCUUGCAGUUGUUAUACAUUAGAAAGCACAACUGGAUCGAGAACAAACAUAUUAUCAAGGAGACUACUCUAAGGCCACCGACUACAGUCAGUGAAGAAGAAGAUGAAUAAAUAAGAGAGGCCAGAGAAAAAAGUGAGAAACUUCGACGUAAUUACCAAUGUUAUAGAUAACGUCGUCCUAAAUUCUUGGAACGAACCCUUACGUGUUUUUAAAAUAAUCGAAACGAGAGCGCGUUCGGCGCUCCGAUUGGUUGGUUCAUUCGCACUGGCCAAUCGGAGCUCCUCGUUUCGUUUUCGUUCAACGUAAAGCGAACUCAUACUAUGGGUACUGAUUUGUAUCGUAUGUUACUCUAGCUGAAUAUGUA